AACCAAACACCAUCCCUUCAUCAUCUCGGAAUUGGCUAGUUCGAUCUCCUCUCUUUCUCGCUCGCUCUCUCUCUCUCUCUCUCUCUCUCCAAAGUUCUUUCGCAGUCUUCCGAUGGCACCAAAGGCGGAGAAGAAGCCGGCCGAGAAGAAACCGGCCUCAGAAAAACCUGCAGAGGAGAAAAAGGCCGCAGCAGAGAAAUCUCCGGCGGAGAAGAAGCCGAAAGCCGGGAAGAAGCUUUCGAAGGAGGGUGCCUCCGGCGAUAAGAAGAAGAAAAGGACGAAGAAGAGUGUGGAGACCUAUAAGAUUUAUAUCUUUAAGGUGCUGAAGCAGGUUCAUCCAGACAUAGGGAUCUCUAGCAAGGCUAUGGGGAUCAUGAACAGUUUCAUCAACGAUAUCUUCGAGAAGCUAGCUCAGGAAUCGUCACGACUCGCCAGGUACAACAAGAAGCCAACUAUCACGUCAAGGGAGAUCCAGACGGCGGUGAGGCUUGUGCUUCCCGGCGAGUUGGCGAAGCAUGCCGUUUCGGAGGGCACUAAGGCUGUUACGAAGUUUACAAGCUCGUAAAUUUGGGGAUUUGUGGCAGUGGGUGGUGGUUUUUUUGAUGCGGUGAAUUGAGGCUGAAAUUAGGGUUAGGGUUCAUAUUCCAGUGUUUAUGUGGUCAUGCUUUGCCUUUGUGCUUUUAGUUAUUAAGUGCUUGUUAUGUAAGAUACUGAUGUUGACGCAAGAAUGUUUAGAAAUGAAAAUGAUUUACGUAAUUAA